UCCACCUCUAUUGCGUCCUUUCUUGCUCAAAAAGCUUAGAAGAAACAUGAGCGAGAGCGAUGGAAAUGACAGUUUCAGCUCAGCGGUGGAAACGAUACCGGCAAACAUAACCUUUCCAUUGAGCAAAACCGAGAUUGAAAGUUUGGAAAGAAAAUUGAAUCGAAUAGUAGUCAUUCAGCAGGCUGACUCGAACUACCACAAGGCACUGGGAGACAUUAAGGAUCAAGCGAGUAUAUCCCUUGUUGUGGAGCCAAGUUUCUAUGGUCGGCAUCAGCCCACGUCCAUUUUGGCAGUGGCCACAUCCAGCGAAAGUUAUGUUUUCGACAUUAAGGCUCUCGGCUCCAUUUUUCCCGAAAUGGCCAGGAUUCUGGAGGCGGAUAAGCCCCGCAAGGUGGUGCAUUAUAGCCACCGAAUAGCCGAUCAUCUAAUUCACAAACAUGGUAUCUCCUUGGGCGGGAUUUGUGACUCUUUUGUGGCGCUCUGCUUGGCCCGUCAGGAUAAAACCCCGUGCUCCCUACCUAAGGCAAUAUCCCUGGUUUUCGCACUACCAAUGGAGGAUAUCCUAUGCGGGGAGGUGAUCGGAGCCAGUGAAUCGCGGAGAAACUUUACCGCACGCCCACUGACCAGCUCUCAACUGAGGUACUUGGCCAGGAUGGUACAACUGCAGCACACAAUGCUCGAUCGCUUGAUUUAUGGCAGCAUCUGCGCUGAGGUUCAACGCAUGUCGAUGGAAUUCAGCCAGAACUUUUUGACAAACCGGUCUUCCGAUGUGGCUAUGAAAAUGGCUCCCGGCAGUCGCUUUGGAUUCCACCUGAUAGAUCCCUGCUGCGAAAUAGCCAAUGAGGGAAUAUCUCUACCCACUCCCAAGGAGAUAGAACGCCAUGAGACGGAGCACCAAAAGGGUCGCAAGUGAAUCGGUCUCAACAUAGAAGAGCGCCUUAUGAAUGAAAGUUCCUUAUGGAAAUACAAGCAUGCUUUCGUAUGCUGGUAGACAAAAAUCCUUAAACUACAUUUUACAUAACUUUUUAUAAAUAGCUUAAAUUCCACUAAGUGUUUAAUAUGCCGUAUUUAAGGAUAGAUUAACACGCAUUUAUUAAAAUUUAUUGAACUGUCAAGAUAA